AUGCUCGAGGGCCUGGGGUCGCCCGCCUCGCCCUGGGCAGCUGCGAGCGCCUCAGUCGCGGGGUCAUCGGGGCCCGCGGCCUGCCCGCCUCCCUCGCCGUCGGCCCCGAGGUCCCCGGAGUCCCCGGUCCCCCGGAGGGGCGGUGUGCGCGCCAGCGUCCCACAGAAGCUGGCCGAGAUGCUGAGCAGCCAGUAUGGGCUGAUCGUGUUCGUGGCGGGGCUGCUGCUGCUGCUGGCCUGGGCCGUGCACGCCGCGGGCGUGAGCAAGAGCGACCUGCUGUGCUUCCUGACGGCGCUCAUGCUGCUGCAGCUGCUGUGGAUGCUGUGGUACGUGGGCCGCAGCUCCGCGCACCGCCGCCUCUUCCGCCUCAAGGACACGCACGCCGGCGCCGGCUGGCUACGGGGUAGUAUCACAUUGUUUGCAGUCAUUACCAUCAUCCUGGGAUGCCUUAAAAUUAGAUACUUCAUUGGAUUUUCAGAAUGUUUAUCAGCCACUGAAGGAGUUUUCCCUGUCACCCAUUCAGCACAUACUUUGUUGCAGGUAAACCACUGAUGUUUAUUUAUGUUGUCUCAUUCCUGUGAAGUUGUGCACAGCUUCCUUGUGUUUUUCAGGUUUGAGGUGAUCCACUUGGUGUUCACCAACCUGCUUCUGUGGGCCAACGGCGUCCUCAAUGAGUCAAAGCACCAAAUCAAUGAGCACAAGGAAUGGCUCAUCACUCUGGGCUUUGGGAACAUAACAACAGUUUUAGAUGACCACACACCGCAGUGUAACUGCACGCCCCCAACUCUCUGCACCACCAUCUCCCACGGGAUCUACUAUAUCUACUACCCCUACCCCUUCAACAUAGAGUAUCAGGUCCUGGCCUCCACAGUGCUCUACGUCCUAUGGAAGAACAUCGGGCGCAAAGUUGACAGCCAUCAGCACCAGAAGAUGCAGUUCAAGUCUGAUGGGGUCAUGGUGGGCACAGUCCUGGGCCUGACCGCGCUGGCCGCCACCAUUGCCGUGGUGUGGGUGGUGUACCUGAUUCAUAUUGGGUGCUCCAAGACCAAGAGCGAGUCAGCACUCAUCACGUUCUACCUGUAUGCCAUCACCCUGAUGAUGCUUAUGGGGGCUACGGGGCUGGCUGGAAUCCGGAUUUACAGGACAGUUGAGAAGUCACUGGACGAGUCCAAAAAUCCGGCCCGCAAACUGGACUCGGACCUCUUGGUGGGCACUGCCUCAGGCUCCUGGCUUAUCUCCUGGGGCUCAAUCUUGGCCAUCUUUUGUGCCGAGGACCACCCCCGCUACACCUGGUACAACCUGCCCUACUCCAUGGUGGUGAUCGUGGAGAAGUACAUCCAGAACCUCUUCAUCUUUGAAUCCAUUCACCGAGAGCCUAAAAAACUCUCUGAGGACAUCCAAACCUUUCAGAUGGUCACAGUCUGCAAUGGCAACACCAUGCCCCUUGCUUCCUCCUGCCUCAAGAGUGGAGGUGUGGCUGGAGACGUGGCUCCCUGGGGCAGGGACAUGCCACCAGCAGCCAAUGGAAAUGUGUGCCUGAGAGAAAGAUGUGACAAGGAGGAGAAGCAGGAGGAGAGCAGCUGGGGAGGGAACCCAAGCCCAGUCCACCUUCCUCGUUUCUUACAGGGCAACGCCAAGAGAAAAGUCCUGAGGAAUAUUGCAGCCUUCUUGUUCCUCUGCAAUACUUUGCUUUGGAUACCUCCCGCUUUUGGCUGUCUACCUGAGUAUGACAACGAAUUGGAGGAGAUUGUCUUUGGCUUUGAACCCUGGAUAAUUGUGGUCAACCUGGCCAUGCCUUUUUCUAUUUUCUACGGAAUGCACGCAGCUGCCUCCCUCUUUGAGGUCUAUUGUAAGAUAUAG